AGAGGAUAUAGAGUGCUGAAAUUUCAGAUAGAGUAAAAAAUUGGAAGAAUUGGAAUCUAUCUGUCAAUCUCUAUCUGGGCAGCCAUGGGAGCUCUCUCCGAGUUUUUCUCCCACCUCCACACAAUGACCGCCGUCUUCUUCACCCUGUUAAUUCUCGAGCUAGUUAUUCUCGUUCGCACGAUCUUCGGCUUGAGGCCUAACGUCGACAAGCGCGUGAUUCCGACGGCGCAGUUUUUGAAACUGAUCGAGGAGAAGAAUCCGACGAUUCGAUUCUCCAAUAAGAUUACCUCCAGUCCCGCCGAUCAGUGUGCAGUUUGCCUCUCUGAAUUCGAGGAAGGGGAGAAGGUACGGAAAUUGCAGUGUAACCACACUUUUCACAAGGAUUGCCUUGAUAAUUGGCUGAAACUCUGUUUCGCUACGUGUCCGCUUUGCCGGAGUAAGGUUUUGCCGGACGAUAUUGUCGCCGGCUAUCACAGGCUGCGGGACCGUGUAGAGUACGACGGAAGCGACGAGGAGCUCAUCUUUUUGUUAUCAGCAUUACAUGGUAAUAGUAUAUACAGAUUUUUCUAGGGAGAAAUCUAAUUUCAUUUUGUUCAUCACAGAAAAUAAUCAAAUAACAUAGGAUGUUGAUUUUGUGUAGAUUAACUAGUGAAUAUUGUUUUCUCCUUGAAACUUGACGAGCAAUAGCGUUAGGUAACAGCUCGCUUCUGGUUCGAUUGAUCUGUUGUUAGAUCGAGUAAAAUCGUGUAUGUUUCUGUUUACCUGUAGUUACUCCAGCCAACUGUUUGAUGCUAUGUUUCUUGA